AUGGCUCCCCAUGAUUCUGUGAAAAUACUGGAGCUCUGCCAAGUUGCCCCGGCCUGCAACUCACCCGAAUCAAUCACUGAGCUCUCUCUUCCUCUCACCUUCCUAGACAUUGCUUGGUUCAAAUUUCCUCCAGCUCAGCAAAUUAUAUUUUAUGAGCUCACCGACUCAAGUCCAACCUUCUUCAAUUUAGUAAUCCUCCCCAGGCUCAAAAAAUCACUCUCCCAAACACUAUUCCACUUUCUCCCACUUGCUGGUCACCUUGUGUGGCCAGAAAUCUCCCCAAAACCCAUCCUCUUAUACACUCCAAAUGAUACAAUUUCACUCACCAUAGCCGAGUCAAAUGCAGACCUGAGUCAUCUCUCAGGGAAUGAAACUCGGCAAGCCAUCAAAUCGUUUCCAUAUAUCCCUGAGCUGCCUACAUCUGACACUAAAGCUUCAGUGAUCGCUUUGCAAAUAACAUUGUUUCCUAACAAAGGGUUUUCUAUUAGCAUUGUUUGUCAUCAUGGAAUUCUUGAUGGAAAAUCUGCUACAACUUUCAUCAAGGCAUGGGCCUAUAUAUGCAAACACCUAGAAUAUGAUCAACAACCUUCGUUACCUAGUGAGCUUACCCCUUUUUUGGACAGGGGAGUUAUCAAGGAUGCAUAUGGACUUGAACUGAACUUCUUGAACCAAUGGUCGGCACUGACCAGGUCGGAUACAAAGUCCGACUCUCGAAGCUUGAAGUUGGUGUCAAACAUGGCAGUGUCACCUGACUUAGUACGAGCCACAUUUCAGUUGACUCGUGAAGACAUAGAGCUCUUAAGGGAAACAAUAUCAUCCCAGUUGGAAAAGGUCCAUAAAGAAGAGCUAAAACCAACAAAACAAAUGGACUAUUUGUCAACUUUUGUACUUACAUGUGCUUACACAGUAGUUUGCAUGGUAAAAGCCAGAGGAGGGGAUAAUAAUAGAAAGAUUUACUUUAUAUUCUCAGCAGAUUGUAGGGGCAGAUUAGAUCCUCCGAUUCCACAAAAUUAUAUUGGAAACUGUAUUAGCAGCCAGCACAUUGUUAUCAAGGCAGGAGUUUCCAUGGAGGAAUGUGGAGUUGCAAUGAUAGCAGAGAGGAUUAGUGGCACGAUAAAAGGGCUAGAGAGAGGACUUUUUGAAGGAGCUAAGGAGAGACUACUUGAACUGGCUUCUAUAGAACCGGGUGCAGAAAUCAUUGGGGUUACUGGAUCCACCAGAUUUGAGGAUUACAGCUGGGAUUUUGGAUGGGGAAGACCCAACAAAGUGGAGUUUACAGGAAAUGCUAGGGGAGGAGUUAUUUCUUUGGCAAGGAGUAGAGAGGGAACUGGUGGUGUUGAGAUUGGUUUGGCUUUGAAGAGGCAUGAAAUGGAAAAUUUUAUUUCGUUCUUCGUUAACAACCUAAAGAAUUCUAGGCAAAUCUCAAAAUAG